AUGCUGGGCCCCCGCGGCGUGACGCGAGCACGGCAGCUCCGCCCCCUGCGUCUCUGGCCUCGCCGGCCUUGGGGGGAUGGUUCCAUCAUGGCGUCAAUGCAGAAACGACUGCAGAAAGAACUGUUGGCUUUGCAAAAUGACCCACCUCCUGGAAUGACGUUAAAUGAAAAGAGUGUUCAAAAUUCAAUUACACAGUGGAUUGUAGACAUGGAAGGUGCACCAGGUACCUUAUAUGAAGGAGAAAAAUUUCAACUUCUAUUUAAGUUUAGUAGUCGAUAUCCUUUUGACUCUCCUCAGGUCAUGUUUACUGGUGAAAAUAUUCCUGUCCAUCCUCAUGUUUAUAGCAAUGGUCAUAUCUGUUUAUCCAUUCUAACAGAAGACUGGUCCCCAGCGCUCUCAGUUCAAUCAGUUUGUCUUAGCAUUAUUAGCAUGCUUUCCAGCUGCAAAGAAAAGAGACGACCACCAGAUAAUUCUUUUUAUGUUCGAACAUGUAACAAGAAUCCAAAGAAAACAAAAUGGUGGUAUCAUGAUGAUACUUGUUGAUGCCACUGUUACCCUCCUCCUAGCAGAAGAUAGUCCUACUGAGAGAAUGAGCACUUUGAUCAUUCAGUCUUUGAACUUUAACCUUUGACUGGAAGUGACCUAUAGGCAAUGAAGACUACUUCCUUUUACUGCAUUUUUACUUGUGUGCAUUCUGGGCGCAUGUUGAUCGCUGGUUCAGUCCAGGCAACUGACAUGCUUUUAUUAGUCAUACAGUAUUAAUGCAGGUGUCAGGAAAUGUCAAAUAUAAUUCCAUUUUUUAUUUUUAUUUUUUUAAGCUUUUGGAAAAGUUCCAGGUCCUCAUGUAUUGUGCAAUAACAAUGACUUCCUUGGCGGUUUUCGGACGUUCAUUGCCGGCAAUGGACGUUUAACAGGAAAAAUUUUCAUUAACUCCUGCCACCCAAUGAUUAAUGCAUGAUAGGGCCUAUGAAAUGAACUUAAUGGUUAUAGUGGGAUUAUAAGUAAAGUGAGGGAUCCAACAUUACUUUGAAAGUCACCCCAAUUGUUUAUAUUUGGAUUCUAUGCACUGUGAUCCUAAGGUUAACAAGCAUGAAUUAACAUGCGUCUUUAAAGGACUGUAAUGAAAGAUCAUUGCGUAUUUAUUGAAUUGUUUAUAUCUGCUGUCAAAUUGUUUUGACAUGGAAGGUUUUCAAGUAACAUUGGCAGAGAGGUACAAUAUGUUAUCCCUAUGGUGAAAAUAAAUUCAUUUGUUGUAUAUAGUUCCUCAAUCUCUGAAGUAAAGGUAUAAGUAAUAUAGGGUAUGAAUGAUUUAAUCAAGGCUUUAUUUUGGAAGUAAGAAAAAUGGCAGUGAUGAUUCAACUGCUGCAGUCCAUAAUUUGGGCUUAUUUGUACAUUAAUAGUUUUUCCAAGUAGAUUACACUCUGUUACUUCCUGCUAGCCAUCAGCAUGAGCCCUACUGCCUAAACACUAUUUCAUUUAUUUAUGUUUGGAAAAUCCAUAAACAGUUUUUGUUUGCAAUUUUGUUUCUUUUGUUAUAAGUCAAGUUUGAAUGUUACAACACUUCAAUUGGAAAACUUUUGUCAAGUUUUUUUCCUGUAAAUUUUCUUUACAUGUAAGUAUCAUUUUUUGUCCUUUAAUCCUGUACCCUAAAAUAAGAAAUACAUUUUUGACAGAGGCUUAAUGUUUUAACAAAAGAGUGUGGACAUUUUUAUUUUAAAAUUUAGGCAAAAGUACACUAUAGAAUGGUAUGUUUGCUUAUUUGUCUCACACAAUCAUACAGUUUUUCCUGGAGGGAUUUGAUUUGUUUUCUUGUUGUUUAAAAGACUUUGCUUAUAGCUAGAUAAAGUUUUUCUAUAGAAAAAAAUUGUUGGAACGUCCAAUUCUCAGUACCAUGUAAGUUAAUGAUACUGCAACUAGGUUCUCUUUUUAAAAAGCGAUUAUGUAUUUUAUAAAUUACCUUUUCACAUAUGCAAAAAUCUGUUUCUACUACAAUGUUAUUUUUACUAAUGCCUGUUGUUGCACUCUUUUUGACAUAUCCUGCAGUGAAUGAAUAUAUGAAUCGAUUUGAGCUUAAAAAUAAGAGCCAAUGGGCUGAAAGGUUUGAAGUAUGUACCCCAGCAAAACCAUCCAAUCAAUAAUUGGCGAGGAGUAUUUUCAAAAUUGUUUUUAAUCUCUGUAUAGAUGACAUUUUGUAGCUUUGUACAUGUGAAUUAAGGGCAUAUAAUUUUACACUCUAAAAGUAUAAUUGCUGAACUCAGGGGUGGGUAGACUUCAAAUAUAUGUCUGCUGUAGAAAUAACUUGAAAACAAAUUAAAACUAUGGCCAGCCACCAAAUUUUGGACACUGUUUAUACUAUAGUUAGCAACUACCACUUUUUGAAAUUUAACGCAUUUUUGUUCUUCACUAGUUAACACCUAAGUUCUCACCAUAGUCUCUAUCAGUCUUAUUAGUUGCCCUGUUUAACCAAGACAAAAAAUGUUUUAUGGAAUGCUUUCAGCUACUCUUAGUUUUUAUUUUUAACUGCUUUUUAAUAUGAAAAUUGCAGUGACAAAUUAUAUAUUUUUCAUACUUUACACAACUGCUCUAAACUACUGAUUGACUUGAUCCUUGGUGGGGGUGGGGGAAAUCUUUCUCCAUAAUGCUGGUCCUCUUACUAAAAUUAUUUUAUAAACAAAUGACCUGUGGCGUUUAUUCACCAAAGGAAUUAAUAUACCACGUCAAAGAUUAACAGUGCUAUCCUGUAGAUUAAUAGGUCAUAUAUAGCCUCAGUUGAGUUUUUAAAAAUAAAAAUAGCAGUAUUUUAACAUACCUCUCUCUCUCUACAUAGAGAUACCGUAAAAUAAAUUAAAACGAAGUAGAGGAAAGUAAAGGAAACCAAAUAAUUUCAGUACAUUUUACGAUUUAAAGAGAAAAUGAAAUAUCCUAAAAUAUAGAAAUACCAACCAUUCAAAAUUUGCAAUAAGAUAACACCUUAUUCGUUACAUUACUCCCUUGAACUUAGGAACUAUUUGGAAACUCCUUUGCACUUAGAUUUAAUUAAGUUCAUUUUAAAUGUAAGUUACAUUAUUAAAAGACAUAAGAUGUUUACUUAAGUCAUUGCUCUAGAGAGAGCAUUUAAUGACUUUGUAAUAAUAAACAAUAUUUCUCUGUAAUGUUGAAUGACAACAAGAAUACCAAGAAAAUGUACAUAGGAAUAUGCUACUUCCCCCUUCCCUUGCUCUAUGGGGCACUGUCUGCUACAUAGGCCUACAGAAUUAUACUUUCAUAUUUAGACAAUAUGUACUCUCUAUUUAUUUAUUUAUUUAUUUAUUUUAAGGCCAUUCUUCUAGUUUGCCAAAUUCUGUUAAGACAGUGAUACAUUCAUUUCCUUAUUUUGCAUGUUUAUAUCAUGAACUUGGUGCCCUUUCAAAAAAAUAUUAUGUCAAGUAGGUAUUAAUGCCAUAGAUUUUAAAGAGAGAAAUGGUUUUCAGUUUUUUAAGAUAAAUUUUUUAAAAUAAAUUUUAUGGCUGUUCUCUUAAGGAAUUUAAUAUUCACCUCUAAAGGACUGACUUGUAGUGUAUGAAUUCCUCCUUUUAGCUAGCAGGGAAAUAGAGCAUUUUUUAAGCCCCAACAGAAAAUGCUAAAUAAUACCUUUUAUAUACGGUUCAUCUGGAGAAAGAUCUUAAUCCUUAUUGUUUUGACUAGGUAUAUAAAUAUUUGGUAUAAAAUAACUAGAAUAGUUUAUUACUUUUUCCCUUCUGAAAUUUUAAAUAUAUGCAAAUGCCUAUCAUUAGAUUCCUGUGGUGAAUAAUAAUUUCUUCAGAUUUUAAAAACAGGUAUCUAGUGACUGCUUAAUUAUUUCCAGAUUGCAUCAAAGAUGAAUUGACAAAUAAUGGAAAUGAGUAGUGAUAUGAAAAUGGUAUGUAACCACAUAUUUUACUUGUUUCUGGUAACCAAGUUUUAUUUUUUAAAAAGCCUAUUGUUUUUGAAAAUUGAGAUAUUUAAAACUUGUUAAAACUUCUUCCUAAAAAUAGAAGAGAAGAGGAGGUACUGUGUGUUCAAAAAUUUUUUUAAAUAAAGAAAUCAGUGUCACUAGUUCUAAGCCUUUAUGGUUACUGCUGCUUAUAUUUCUUAAUCUUACUUUUAUUUAGUUUUUUGGUACAUAUUUUAGCUGAAUGUGUAGGAUUAUUAAGUGUAUAUAAAUUGGUUUUCAAAAUGAACUGAGGCUUACCCAGAUCUUUUCUGAGGAUUCACUGUCCCCAAAAUCAGCUACUGCACGACUCUGCUAUGCUAAUGCCUUUGCAUGAUUUAGAUCUGUGAAGGUGGCUUUGCAUCUGCACCGCUUGGCCCUCAUCCUCUUUGCCAUCUUUUGCUUUUAUCUCUCCUAUUUUUCUUUCUUCCUGUCUUCUCACAGGUGUCCAGUAUGUCAGUCUUCAGUUCCCCUAAAUCUUCCUCUCCUCUCCCUUCCUUCGUUCCUCUUUCCUUUCCUUGAGGUUAGGGAAUCCAGAGAAGGAAGAUAAUUGAAAUUACAUCAGAAAAUUUUCUUAAAUAAGAAGACUCCUUCCUACAAAUAAAAUAUGUAGAAUUUCUGAUAGUUUAUUUUGGUUCAACAGUAGGUGGCUAACUUUGUUGAAUAAUUGGCUAUUUGAUAAAUGAUAAUUGUAAUUUAGUUCUGAAAUACUAAUAUUAAGGAAGCUUUGUUUACUUUUUGGAUGAUGACUCUCCCAAAGCCUAAUUAUUGUCCAAAUGAAUUGAAUUAAUUGUUUUGGUAAAAGUGGUUUUUUUUCAUUUAAGUUUUUAAGACAUUUUGAGAUUUGGAACUUUUUUUUUUUUAAUAAUUUGUGGGAGUCUUUUGUUUUCUCAGCAUAAACUGCAUUAACGACAGGCUUUAUGCAUCAUCAUCAUUCGAGGCCUGUGGAGUCUAAACAUGUACUUCAAACUUAAAUCUUUAUCCUUCAAGUUGAAGUUCUGGUUCUGACUAUGGACCUGAUGAUUGAGGUUUUCUUUGUGACUUUAAUUCUCAAAGUUAUUGGGACUGAUAAUUGAGGAUGAAUUUCCAGAAUGGUUAUAUGACUGUUUUAUGAAAAAUAAUUAUAAAACAAUAUAACAUCUGAAGACAUUUUGAAUAUGUAGAAGGAAUGCCUGACUAGCAGCUGGUAUGUUUUACCUGAUGGGCUGUAGUUGUGCAAGUUGAGUGCAGUUGACAGGGAAAAAGAGAAACGGUUCUUGUUCUAUUUCUUGGUGCAUACUUUGUCAGGGUUUUGUGAAAAGUUUGCUUCUGCAGUAAUUCUAAGCAGUUUUCCCAAAGGCAAAGCAUGGUGCUAGGUUUUGGCUUUGGCUUGGUGUGACCUCACUUGUCAAAUUUCCUGGUAAAUGGAAAGAUUGAAUUAUCCCACCUCUCUAAUUCUAAAGCCUGAAACAAGACUAGCAAGGAAUGUGGUAGAAUAUCAGAUACCAUGAAUAUAAAUGCAAGUCUCUUAAUAAUUAACCAUAGGUUAUUUACAUAAAUGCAAAUUGAUUGUCAGCCUUGGUGUAAAAUCAUUAACUGAAUAGAUUAUCAUUUCAGUUAUCAGGUAGCCAAGAAUUAAGUCCAUGUUCAAGUUAAAAUGGAUUUGUUGUUUUUUAGUUGGUACCAUUUUUCUCAAUAUUCAGAAAUACAGAUUGUGCAUUUUAUUAAUAGGAAUGGAAGCUCAUGCUUGAGGAUUUGUGGAUGGAGGGUGGAUGUAUAUAUUUUAUAAAUUCAAGUUGUAAAAUAUGUAAAGCUGCUGCUUUUUGGAUAGAAUAUAAAUGUUAAGACAUAAAUCUAUAUAUUAUAUAUUUUUAAAUACAUGUACCAGACUUUUGUUAGUUGAAUAUAAAUUACAUUGUGUGCUUUAUGGAAUUCAGUAACUUUUAUUAAUAAAGCAGUUGUCAUUGAU